AUCAGGUCAGAUUGGCUGGCUCUGGGUCCAAUCACUGCUCUGGAAGAGUUGAGAUCUUCCACAGCAGCACCUGGGGAACAGUGUGUGAUGAUAACUGGGAUCUAGACGAUGCUCAGGUCGUCUGCAGACAGUUAGGCUGUGGUUCAGCGCUGAACGCCCCUCACUCAGCCCACUAUGGAUUUGGGACUCAUGACUGUGGACACGGUGAGGACGCUGGUGUGGUCUGUUCAGAGAGACUCCCAAAGCCCAGCCUGUCCAUGUAUCCUAAGGUCACCUGGGGUCAGAGCGUCAGCAUCACCUGUUCUUCAUCAACUUUACCUCGACAGCUGUUUUCUAACACAACGUUCAUCCUGGAAAAGACUUCCAGUUCCUUCAGAGAGUCCAGAACUCCAGGUAGCAGCUCUGCUUCCUUCAGCAUUCAGGAAGUGAACCUGGACCAUGAGGGAUGGUACCGGUGUCAGUAUCAGAUACGAGGCUCAGGACGAGACUUCAGCUCUCCCUUCAGUGACUCCGUCAGACUCUCUGUUGCUGGUUAUUUUUCUGAGGUGCUGGUCUUCGCCAUUCGUGGGGUGGGUCUCCUGGUGAUCCCACUGGUGCUGGGGGGGAUUUUCCUGAGCUGUAAGAGGAGACCCUGUGCCCUCAACCAAACUCAAAUGUCUGUCAGAGCCAUGAGCGAGAACAACGAGGAGGACGAGGAGUACGUCUAUGCAAACGCUUACGUAGGAUUCAGAAAGGGCAAUGAAGAAGGAGAGCAAAGAGAUUCCAGUGACCACAAACAUGAUUAUGUAAUUGUACUCCCUGCAGUUAGUGAACAAGUGGUUAGUGGAGACCAUGAGGCUGAGUAUCAGAACCUUUGAGGAGUCCAACAGUCAGCAGAGUCUCAAAGGUGGUAGACAAGGACGUUCAAAGUCUGACCCUUUUUAUCGGAUGGAGUAGAUACAUUUUGAAUCAUGCUGGAGCUUGCUAAUUCUCAUUAUUGUCA